UCUCCUGACUCAGAGGAUGGACCCGCUUGCAGCAACCACACAGCUAGACAAGAAACAGACUUGGCAAAAAUUCUGCUCAGACUUCCAUCUGCUGACGCCCGGCUAUACCAAGGCUGCCAGAUAUCCUGCUCCCAGGCUGCUAUCAAGUUUGAGCCAGGAGUCCUUCUCACAGGAAAUUGGCUGCGAUGAUGAGGAUGUAUUUAAGGCUGUGGAUGCUGCGCUGAAGGAAUAUAAUGAUGAAAACCAAAGUGGCAACCAGUUUGUAUUGUACCGUAUAAGUAAUAUCAUCAAGAUGGGUGGCAUAGAUCCAUUUUAUUCCUUCAAGUACCAAGUCAAGGAGGGUGAUUGUCCUGUUCAAAGUGGCAAAUCCUGGCAGGACUGUGAUUACAAACAAUCUGCGGAUGCUGCCACAGGAGAAUGCACAGCCAUCGUGGGAAAAAAUAAUAGGACAUUCACUGUAGCUACCCAGACCUGCCAGAUCACUCCAGUGGGGGGACCUGCACUGAUUUCCCAGCACACCUGCCGUGGUUGCAUGUACCCCAUAUCAACAGAGGACUCCAGCGUGAAAGAAAUCCUGAAGCAUGCUAUUUCACACUUUAACAACCACAGUGCUCAUUCUCACCUCUUUGAUCUUGGAAAAGCAAAACAUGCUUAUAAACAGGUGGUAGCUGGAUGGAACUUUGAUGUUUCCUACUCAAUUCUGCAAACAAAUUGUUCCAAGGCAGACUUUCCAUUAUUAACUCCAGACUGCCAGAUCCUUUCCAAUGGCGAUAUCGGUGAAUGCACAGAUAAAGCAUCCAUGGACGUUUCGCAAAGAAUUACUUCCCUCAUACAGAAGUGUGAGACUUCUCCAGCGCUGAAUUUUCCUCUCGUGACGUGUAAAGGCUGUCCCAAAGAGAUCCCUGUUGACAGCCCAGAAUUGAAAGAGGUUCUGAAUCUUUCCAUCAAAAAGCUGAACGCAGAAAAUAAUGGAACUUUCUAUUUCAAGAUUGACAAUGUGAAAAAAGCCACAGCCCAGGUGGUGGCUGGAACGAGCUACAGAAUAGAAUUCAUGGCCAGGGAAACCACAUGUUCCAAGGAAAGUAAUACAGAGUUCACCAGUAGUUGUGAGACCAAAGAACCAGGGCAAGCUCUAAUCUGUAAUGCUAAUGUUUACAUGAGACCUUGGAUGAACGAAACCACAACGACUGUCAAGUGUGAUCCAAACACAGAGAUUAUGUUGAUGAAAAGGCCUCCAGGUUUUUCACCUUUUCGAUUGUUGGUGAUGAUGGAUGAAAGAAAAGAAACAACUGGGCUCCAAAAGUCCUGCGAGUACCAGGUCCAUCCUCGGGAGGCAGGGCCUGGAGCAGCUCCUAAGAAUGAGGCAGCACCCCCACAGCAGGCACAGUAACCCCACCAGCCCCUCUCAGCAGCCCCGAGUGCACAGACAAGAAGAUGAGAUGGAGUUUAAAGAGAGAAGAAUGUCAUUUCAUCACUCUGUUGCUGAACCAAAUAAAGUUCUGUGU